AUGUUCCCUUCAGACAUCAACAACAAUAACAACAAGAGUGAUCUCGAAAACCCGCUGGAGCCCUUGCUUCUGAAAACUCCACCAUGCUUUCCUCAUAUUCACAGUCCAACAAACCCAACAACCCCCCCAAUAUUUUUCUCCAAUUUCCCCUUUCUCGACGAGGAACUUCCCCUCAACCAAAUCCUCCACUUCAAACCACCGCCGGAAAACAAUUCCGACCCGACUCCCGCACCCGACCCGGCCAAAAAGCUGAAAUCCAAGGCCAAUGAUCGACGAAAACGGACCGGGAAAAAGGACCGUCACAGCAAGAUUCGCACGGCCCAAGGGAUUCGAGACCGGCGGAUGAGGCUGUCCCUCCAGGUGGCGCGCAAGUUUUUCGAUCUCCAAGAUAUCCUAGGCUACGACAAGGCCAGCUGCACCAUCGAGUGGCUCUUCAGUAAAUCCAACAAGGCCAUACGAGAGCUCAUCACCAAUAAACAAAAUACAAAUAAUAAUUUAUAUUUGUCGGCCAAGAGCCACGAGUCGUAUUCCGAGUGCGAGGUGGUGUCAGGUGUCCAGGAGGUGAGCUCCAAGGAGGAAGUAUUAGUAAACACGACAAAGAAAGUGGUUCAGCCUCGCAAGCCGAGUAGCUCACGGGAGGCGAGGGAAAAGGCUCGGGCUCGGGCCAGAUGGAGGACCACCGAGAAGAUGAUGAUAAGGCGGAGGCUCCAGACUGACUCCUCCCAAAUAUUUUCCACUCCUAAUUCCCAUCAAAAUCAAAUUAGUGUGGAGGAUCACCAGAAAUUAGGGUUUUCGGCCGAAUAUCACGAUGCCGGGACAAUCGAGAAACUGCUCGGAAAUUCGGGAUUCUCCAUGUCUAACUACGCCUCCCGGGACAAAAAUGUUUAUGAGAGUUGCAAAGAUGUCGACACUAAUUCGGUGGGAUUUCUGGGUAAUUGGCAAGUAUUGGGGAAUAAUGUUGAGAGAUUUGACUGCACUCAAGCUAGCGUCACGAAUGAAGGCUCGUCGAUGGCAAGCAAUGUAAGUCCCGGCUCAGUUUAUUCGGCCCAGAAUUUUCUCUUCUUUCAUCAAUAA